UUCCGUAGCCCUCCUAGUGGAAGAAUGGCUGGCUGGAUGUGGCUCCGCUGUGUUUUAGGGCCUCAUUUGCAACGAAUUCACCGUUCAACGGACCCAUCUCGACCUGAAGGCAGAGCUGGGAGGAGGGGAUGGAACUACCAACCAAGGAGUCUGGAGAAACACUCUGACAGCAUCCUCAGCUGGGCUUCAGCACUGUGGUCUCUGUCCUACUACAGCUCUCCUCUCCUCCUCUGCUAUCUGUACAGGAAAGGCUACAUCUGCAGCAGUAAGCUGGUUCCAGUGAGUCAGUAUGUGGGAACAGUGCUGGUGUGCCUCCUCGGAGUGGCCUGUCUUAGAGGGUUGGGGAGAUGGAAAAACUCUGAGUAUCUUCAGUUCAUCUCCAUUCUUGACGAAAACAAGGAGAAUCACACGCCAGCAAACAAAAAAAAACUGAGAUGCUUCGACUUUGACUUCUCGCACUGGCCUUCGGAUUUCAGCUGGUCAGAUGUCAGCAAUCCAAAACUAUCCAAGGCUGGUGUCUCUCUGCUGAAGCCGGAGCCCCGGUUGAGAGGAGCCGCAGACAGCGUCCUGCACUCUGUGCGCACUCUGCCGUGCCACAUCAUCAGUUUUCUCAUUGUCCACUCGUUUGGGAGGAGGAUGCUGUACCCGGGCUCUGUGGGUUUACUGCAGAAAGCCAUGAGGCCCAUGCUCCAGCAAGGCCAGGCCAGGCUAAUAGAAGAGUUUGAUGGCCAGAGGAACAAGCUUGUGGCCUGCGAUGGCAAUGAGAUCGACACGAUGUUUGUGGACCGGAGGAGGGAGGGGGGACAGAAAGGCCAGACCCUGGUCAUCUGCUGUGAGGGGAACGCAGGCUUCUAUGAGGUGGGCUGCAUGAACACUCCACUGGAGGGGGGCUACUCUGUGCUGGGCUGGAACCACCCUGGCUUUGCAGGCAGUACGGGAGUGCCAUUCCCCCAGAAUGAGGCCAACGCCAUGGAUGUGGUGAUCCAGUAUGCAGUGCACCGGCUGGGCUUCCAGCUCUCCGACAUAGUGGUGUACGCCUGGUCCAUAGGAGGGUUCACAGCCAGUUGGGCAGUGAUGUCAUACCCAGAGAUCCAAUCAGUGGUGCUCGAUGCCUCCUUCGAUGACCUCCUGCCUCUUGCCCUCAAGGUCAUGCCUGACAGCUGGAGACCGUUGGUACAACACGCAGUGAGGCAGUACAUGAACCUCAACAACGCUGAUCAGCUUCUCAAAUAUCAGGGACCGGUCCUGCUGAUCAGGAGAACCAGAGAUGAGAUCAUCACCACAACGGGUCCAGAGGACGUGAUGUCCAACAGAGGCAACGACCUGCUGCUUAAACUGCUGCAGUUCAGGUAUCCAAAAAUAAUGACAGAAGAAGGAGUUCGAGUUGUAAGACAAUGGCUGGGAUCCUCCAAUCCCAUAGAAGAAGCGUCGGUGUACAGCGGCUACGAGGUGGACGAUGACUGGUGUGUGUCUGUGCUGCAGUCCUAUCACGCUGAAGGAGAUGUUUUGUUUCCAUGGAGUGUUGGUGAGGAUAUGACAAUGGAGGGAAGGAGGCAGCUUGCUCUUUUCUUGGCGCGGAAGUACAUGAGAAACUUUGAAACAACACACUGCACUCCUCUGCCCGCCUCCGAGUUUCACUCACCAUGGAGACUGUAGAGAGAGAGAGAGAGAUGGACGGAGGAUUCAGAUGGCCUGUGGUCAGCAGUGUGUUCCUGGCAUGGUGUGAACGUACUGUAAUCUGUCGCAGAUCUCUUCCAACAGUGUGUCAUGUAUAAUGUUGCUGUGAUGGCAUCUGGGAAGAUCUGAUCUACUUCUAACCCCCCCCCCCUUCUACCCACACGUGUAAAAUAUGGUACAUGUUUUCUUUUGAGGUUAGUUUUAAUCAUACUUUUCAGUGUUGGUCUGUUAGGGAAGAAAAAAAAAAGGCAUUUUAUGAAAACU